AUGGUUUCCAUCAAAAUCUAUUUUAUCAGCUUACGAAAUAACGAGACCUAACCAGCAAAAUUUCUAUUUCAGGCCGCCUUGUCGGCGGGCUACCAGCAACCCGCGAAUAUGUCCACUUCCGACAUUCGAAGUGUCAUUAGGUAUUUUUGACUCUUUCACUGAGUUUUCAGACCGCCACAGCGUUCAGCUUUCCUUGGAUGAAAAUUUUUUCAAGAAAAUUAUUUGCUUAAAAAUGGGCUUUCGAAGGUGAUUCCAAAAAUUGAGAACCUUUCUAAACCGUAACGAUUCUGAAAAACACAAGCGGAAUUUCAAAACCUACCUGAAAGUGUUAUUUCUAUGUUUGAAAGAAGCCCAAUCACCCUAUCAACCUUCAUCAGUUAGAAAAUUCUGAAAGUUUGAGGAAAAAAAAACAAAAAAGAAUGCGAUUCAAAAAAUUUUUCGAGAGUACACUCAAAAAAUCAGAAAAUUCGCAUUUCAGCUGCACGACUCCAGUCAGCGGCCUGUUGAGCAAAGCAGCAAGCGCCACGCGGAUUCCACCAACGCCGAACGCCUUCGGCGAAAAGACCUACGUUUGUUGAUUGUCAUUUGAAUAUCGAGGACGUCACACUGACUUUCGUCCCGUUUCGUGAAUUUGAAACAGAGGAUUAUCACACAAUAUUCCGACCAAAUUAGGUCGGGAGGAUCGCGGUGGGUGGUGAAAUGACCGCAUUCGCCUCCUUUGCAUAUUGCGCAAGCCCCAUAAUCUGAUCUCAAGUCCAUUGUUUCGUUCCGCAUCCAAUCUUCGCACUUUUUUGGCUUUCACCUACUGAACAAUGUUUGUCGAUGAUCAGUUGCAUGAUUCACAUAGAUUUUGGUACCAUAGUUCGUUCUACUUAGCUUGGAAAACUUUGGUUUCGUAAAAAUAGGCUCAGCAAAAAUCAAAAGAAUUUUUUGCUUUACACUUACUUUGUAUUGAAUUGCAUUCCUUGAUUUAAAAAGGCAGUUUCUCAAAAACCAAGGAUCAAAGUUAUAUAUGAUACCUGGAAAAGUAAUCUAGCCAAUUUUCAGACACUUCCGAAAUUGGCAACUGAUUGUUUUAUGAGUUUUUGUAGUCCUGAUAAAUAGAAAGCCAUGUUGAAUUUUUUUUUUGCUUACUUAUUAACAAAAGAUAAUGGCAUUGAAGGUAUUUCAAAAUUGAAGAUCAAAUGAUAAAAUUAAGAAAAAUCCUAUUCUUUAGCAUUUGGAUUCCUCAAAUGUCUUUUCGGACCCAAACAAAAAUUUUUCUUCAAAAAUCCAUUCUCUUGCAAAUUGAACUCCUGAACUUCGACGUUUUGCACUCGAUGAAAUUCCCUUUGAAAAGUUGGAAGUUCAGAACGGUAUGCCUCGAAAAAUAGACAGAAGCCGCAGAGCGACAACGACCGCAUUUGACUGGGAGUUGCAGGUGAGCAAGGAGGACCACGAGCGGGAACGGUCACGAUGGCAUACGCGUCUCGACGACAUCGAGAAGAGGCUCGUCGAAUCUGAAACUAUCAACUCCGAGAUGUUGAUCAUCAAGGCCGAACUUGUAAGUUUUCGAUUUUCAAAAAAAAGUCAGCUUAUACGAAAAGAAAUAAACAGUUUUGAAAGGAUGUUUUAUGAAACUUUUUUCUUUACAGUUGGGGUUAGUUGAUCCACCUAGUGGUCUUUUUCCCUCCCUGCAAUAUCACCAUACCAUCCCGAUGUUGCGAAAAUAAAAUGAUUGAAUUGAAUUGAAUUGAAUGGAUGUACAUGGAAGAUUUUUGACUCAUGGUUGAGGAGUUGGUGGAUGUCUGCAGAAAUCUAUUUUGAGGUCUUGUGAUCCUAAAUAAGAGUAAGUUCUAUCACUGUCGAGUAGGAUUUCUUUUAACCUAAGAAGUUUUAACCUAAGAAGUUUAAUUUAAUUUUUUGUCCGACAAAAAAAACGAAAAUAGUCUUUUCAGAACAAGAAAAUUGUGGACAUGGAGAGGAAUCAAAAACCUCUAAUCGAACAAAAUAGGAAACUUGGAGACCGAAACAAGAACCUUCAACAGGAAAUACGCAAAGUAGAGCAGAAAUUUUGCCACAGCCAGGACGACUUUCUCACUUUGGUUUGUUCUUAAGAUGGUUUUUUUAAGAAAUAAAAUAAUUCAGAAAGACGCUCAUGAGAGAAUAUUGAAAGAAAACUUGGCAUUGAAAGAAAAACGAACUUCUCCUGAGAAGUUGGAAGAACUCGACAGAUACAGAAACCAAGUGCUGGAGUAUUCCAAGUGUAUAACUGCUUUGAGGAGUUCUGGACUGGUAAGUUUAAAUCUGAACCUUAAUAUGAAAACGAAGUCUGUUCCCAUAAAAAAUGUUUUGCCUAUAUUCAAGAGCGCUUUCCAGAAGCAAUUUUCAACUCACAAAGAGAAGCUUUCAAACUUCGGCACUGAAACCGCUCAAAAAUAAAAUUGAAAUGCUCUCGAGAUUAGCGCUUGAAGUUUAUGUAAAAAUUAUCAUAUUGUCCUUGGACUCUGAGCGACUUAAAAAUAGGUUCUGACUGAAAAAAUUAAAACAAAAAUUGAAACCAGUUUUAUCUAUAAAAUAAAUAAUUCAACUUUUUCCAAAACAUGAUCAUUUUUCAGGAAAAGGACAGAAGAUACGAAAUGUUGGUGCAAAAGUUCAAAAGACUCAGGAAGUGCUUGAAAAAAGGAGAGAACGAUGAUGACAAAGCCAGGUUACACUUUCAUUUUAUUUUUUAUUCAAACUAUACUUCUUUCAGUACGGUUGGUAGUGAUUGUUCCGCUGCCAGUAGUGUGAGCUUGGACACAAUCACAGAAGACUUUGAAGAAGUGAGUUUUGAAGUUGGAGACUGCAAUAGGGUGAAUACGCAGAAAUAAUGGCAAGUCCAAAAAAAGAUCCCAAGAUGAUAACCUGUUUGAAAACGUUUCUGGUGUCUCAGAAGACGUCGAAGUUGUUUCCAGAUGAGAAAAAGAAAGCGAGAAGAGAGCAAAAAAACUUUUUUGAAGACAUCACAAGUUGACGUUGAAUAUUCUGAAGGACUUAUUCCUCAGGUUAUUUCGAACAAGAAUUAAGAACCUUACAAAACGCGAAAAACUGUAUAUUUUGUGAUAGAAGUACUGGGAUUCUGAAUGAAGGACGAUGGAAAAAAGUCGGAAACCUGGCUAUUUUUUUGUCAUUUAAGGAAUCGGAAAUCUACCUAUCGGUCAAUCAUUUCAUUCCUUUUGGAUUCCUUUGAUUUUUCUUCAGUUAGGUGGUUAGAUCACAGCCGCUUCAGAAGGGUAGAGGUCAGCGGCAGUCCAGUGCGGGCAUUCAGGCGAACGGCCCAUUUUUCCUUUUCGAUAAAUUGCGCCUUUGUGCGGCAGGUGGCGCGUGUGGUCGACGCCAUUAUAACGCUGAUUGAUAUCACACUGUCGUGUUCUCCGGACCAGCCUUUUUCCUUUAUUUUACCUUUUCUCCUGUGGGAAAGUUUCUUGUCCGUUUCUCUGAAAAUCAGAAGUUUAUAAAACUUUGGUUAACACGAAAUUUAUCCUAAGUUUUCAAUUGAUUGACAAAGACAUCUAAAAAAAAGUUAAGAUGUUUUGCAAAGUUGUUAUAAAACCUUAAGAGAACGAAAUGUAGGGAGUUGGAAGUUAAAAAAAUAAUUUUGAAUAUAUUUUUCAUUUAUCUAGAUUUUUUGAAAAGACAGUGGUUGCUAUAUAGAUGAUUUCGAUCGGAAGUGUGUUAAGAAACAAUAAUAGUUAAUGUCGUCCAAGGGCAGAAAUAUUUGCUAUUUUCAUACCUUUUGAUUGAGGUCCUUCGAAUGAUAAUUUGAUUUUUGCUUUGUCGCUUAUCUUAUUUGAAAGUUUGUUUGUCCAAUUUCACUCUGAACGAAAAGUUCAAUUUUUUUUUUCACUACUGAAAUUUCCGAGCUUGCUACCAAAUACCUUAAGAUAAAAAAUUAUGCACGAAAAAUAAAAGAGUCCGAAGCAAAUCCGCGAAGAGUUACGAUUUUUCUCGUUUACGGUCGCCUUGGAACAUCGUCCAAGCCUGACUGGUUUUCUAGGCAUCCACGCGUAUCUUUCCCCUUUUGUUGACCGCCGUGCCAUCGGCGUCUAAAAACUUUUUUUUUGUAAAAGAAGCGGCUAAAAAGCUGUCUUUUUUGGCAUCGGACCCUGGAGAACCAUACGGACGGCCUUGAAACGAUCACACGAGCCACGUUUUUCUUCUUCGCGGCAAAUUGAACCGAUUUCAACCCUGAAAUCGCCACGUUUUUGUUUACGACUUCUCAGCUAUCCAGAGCCAACCUCCCUUUAAAAUCAAUUUUUGAAAAAUCGAUGUUUAUUUUUCCAUUGAAACUUCAAAUUCUCAAAUUUAAAAAUAAACGAAAUUUGGCAUCACUUGUUUUUUUAUCUUCAAGGUUAUUUCGAAAAAGCUCUUCUAAGUUUAGAGUUAGCGGUUUCUCUUGAGUUUUCUGAGGAAUUCGAAAAAAAUUUCAUAGAAUGAUUUCAUGAGCAAAAAAACUGGAGACAUUCCUAAUUCUUCUUUUUUUGAAUAUUUCGAAACUAUGUUGAAAUAAAAAAAUUUCUAAAAAAAGAUGGUUUUUUUCAAGUUUUUUUCAAAUCUGAAAAUCAAUUGAACGGAAAGGAAACGAAAUUCAGUUCUCAAAAAAUCGAAAUAAGCUUUUUUUCCAACUCUUACGAAACUUUCCAAAACUUCAAAAGACAAUUUUUUCUGUUGAUUUCCUUCGAAUUUAUCAAAACUCUCAAUCGCGCGAAAGUGUUAAGCGCCAUCGGCUUUUCUUAAAAUCCAGGUCAAUGAGGGAUUGCGGUUCCGCGGUAAUCAUAAAUCGUUGAUGCGUGAGAUUAAAAUUAUUUCUUAUCAACUCUUUCCAAUUAGUUCAUUCCUUCGUUCAUAGACUGUUCGAAUGUUUGGUUUGAUUUAUUUAAAAAUUAUUUGCCGGCUCAAUUUUUGAAUCCUCCAAGAAUUAUGUCAAUUUUUUUAACCUGUAUAACUUCUACUAGCUACUCCCAGGCUUGAAUUUUCUCUAAAUUAUUAAUUUUCUGUUUCGUUGAUUAAGCUCACUUUUGACCAUGGAAGAUAAAAAAAAAGGUUUCAUGUCCGUGGAAACAGCUGAACGACGGGAAAAAUAUUCUUCGGGUUUUUUGAUGGAAAAGAAGUAAAGCAUCUGCGCGAUCAGCAGGACGCUUUUUCGAUCCUAUUUGUGACUGGUUUUGCCCGCGGGGCGUCUCGUUUCCUUUUCCACCUUGGAACGUUCACCGCCCUGUUUGUUUUGAUCUGAUGAAGAAGAAUAUUUGUUGCAGGCUCUCGAGAAGGAUAUCCAGACCAAUUAUCAGGCGCUCUAUCGCGAGAACGCCGAGCUCCAGCGAGCUCUCAAUGUGGGUUCAUUUUUCACUUAAAUCUUAAACUGAUUUUUUUGUUGUUUGAACCUUUGAAAUGGAAAAAAAGAGGUAAAUUAGAUUUUUUUACGCUAAUAGAAUGAAAUGAAUUUUUUUCCUCUUGUUUUAUUUUUUUAGGUACAUCGAAUAAUCGACUUUUUCGUGAAUUCAAAAAAAGUUUUCAAAUUUCAUAUCUUUUGAUUUAAUCAACAGCUUUUUAUUCGAAGAAGUUUUUUCCAAUUUAUUGGUUCUUAUGACAUGAACUGUCAAUUAUUUUUUUAAACAAGUUAGAAAUGCGAUUUCUGUACCAAAAUUUUCUUCAACUAAACCUGCUCUCGUGUAUUUACCUUUUAGCCUAAACUGCGCCAAUAGAGCACUCUUUAGGAACUUCGAAUAACUUCGGCCGACUUGAGUGAAGAAAGUAUUCUGAGAGAACAAAUCUCCUUCGCCCACACUACAAUCGCCCAGCAGCAAAUCCUCAUCGACGCCAAUCAAGAAAUGGUAAGUUCCACCAUUUUCCUAAAUUCUCCAUCAGAAAAGUGCAGGUCAAAAGUGCUUGUUUUAAAGUUUCGGUAAAGUUUCGCUCAGGCCUACUUUAAAGCAACUUGAUUGACGCACUGAAAAUUUUCUCUUUUCAUAGCAAAUCUCGCUGAGCUACGGGAAAACUUGAGAAGAUUAUGCUCAAACUUUCAUUUCGAAGUUACUUUGAUAAACUAGCAGAAUAUUAAAAGAACUCUUUGUUUUGAGAUGUCUCAAGCGGCUCAGCUCAAAUCGACGGUCAUGAACCAACAAGAGAAAAUCCGCGACCUCGAGCAUCAGAUCGAAGAAAUGAACCACAGACUGGCCGCCCAGAAGGACACCAACGACCUCUUGGAGUUCCAAGUGCUCGAAAUGGAAGAGAACAGCCGUCAAGACGUGAGAAUUACUGGAAACAUUUUUUUUUCUGCACUGUUUUUUUUAUAACUUUGUGUGAUUUUUGUGCAUUACUAAUUUUCACCGCAGGUGCAACCAGAUAAAAAUGACAAAUCGUCGGAAACUGAAGAAAACUUUGAGAAGCCGGAAUUCAGCUUGGAGGACGUGGAUUAUGAGGUAACCUUUGCGGUAACAUCAAAGUCUUUCCUCUUGUUCGAUCUAUUUUUUGAGAGUUUCGGCAGUAUUUGAUGUGCAGUGAAUUGAAUGUAUGCUGUGAACAAUUUUUAAAAACCUUUGAAUUCAUUUCGAAAAUUUUUGAUGCUCAAAGUAUAAUUGUUUACUUUUUUCAGAAAAUUUUGAGCCAAAAAUUCUCUCACGCUCCUAAUAUUGACACUUUGAAUUUGCAAAUAUUUUUUUUCAAAAAACUAAUCCUUGAAGAACGGAUUUUUGAAUUUCAAAAAAAAAAACAAGAUCUUCCUUGUGAGAAAAUUGUAUCAAUUGUUCGGCGUGCAUUUUAUAAUUUUCAAUCAACAGACUAACAUCACCUUUCUUUUUCCAGUCAGCGGAGCAAAUAGCUCAGUUGAAGCAAAAGCUAUCCGGACUGAGGAAAGCCAGUAACUUGACCUUGGAACAAUGCAAGAUCGUCGCACGAGCUGAUAACUACAUUUCGCAUCUUGAAAACGUUCGUAUGCUUCUACAAAUUAGCACCAUGUUCUAAGCUUCUUUCAACCACCACAUUAAUAUUUCUAUUUUGAUUAUUUCCAGAAGAACCGAUUUUUUUCAGCGUAUUGAAACUUCGGCAGGAGAAAUAUCGAAGUGCAAUACGGAACUAAGCGAUGCAGCAAGCUCCAUUGCUGAUCAAAAGUUGCUGAACGAGAAGUUGAGAGCGGAAGUCGCCCAACUCGAGAAUAAAACUGGCGUUCAACAGAAAAAACUCGAGGAGUAUGAGAUUCAAGUCAAGGAACUCCAGGUGAAAAUGUUCAAACAUUUCAUUAGUCUAAAACCUUCUCCUUUCCCUUUUUUUUCUUCUUCCUGUCUGAGAGCUCAAUUUUAUGAGGUUGGCCUUUUGAGAUAAUUUCCGGAACUUCAUAGCCAAUUAAAAAGUAGAAUCUUCAAUAAUAUCGACCUGAAAAAAACAAAAAAAUAUAUAACUUCCUGUUUCAUAUUUAUCUCAUUAAAUCAACAAGAAUGUAUUGAUAAACCCCAACUUUCAGGUGCAAAUAACGGCUCUGGCUGAAGAUAAUAAGAAAAUCGGGGAAACGGACUCUUUGAGAAAACAAAUCGCAGACUUCGACGGUCAAAAACAAAAUGUUUGAUUUUCAAGAAUUUUUUUCUCAAUACCAACUUCUUUUUUUAGCUGAACAGCGAAUUAAAAACGCUGUCCAAAGAACUAGGAAAAACGAGAUUCAGUCUCCAAGGAAAAGAAAGCGACUUGGAGAAGGAACGUAAAAUGACUGACGCCCUCAGCUCGUGAGUUUUUUUAAGCACUCAGAAAUAUUCAACUCAAAUCAGACAAUUACAACAACUAGUGCGCUCCAGUCAAGAGGAGGCCAACCGGAAAGAAGAAGAGAUUCAGAAGCUACGAGCCUCGAUUCAAGAAAAAGAGACUGUCAUUGAAGAAAGUGAAAAGAAGAAACAAUCGGUUUGAUUAGGAUCUUCUGAAAGAUUGGAAUUGAAAAUUUCAGAUGAGGUUAGAAUAUGACCAGUUGAAAAAGGAAUACGAGGACUUCAAAGCAGAACAGCGUCCUGGAAUAAGGUAUACAAUUUUUAUCUAAAUUCAAACUGGUAUAAAAACAUUUUCUGCAUAUAGGUUUCUAGAGAAAAGUGAGAAGCAAAGCUGUAAAUUGUCGAAAAUUACCUGAAUGUCUCGCGAUUUAACUAUUUUUUCAAGAUAAUGGAGCGAAAAGAAGUUUCAUAAUGUACUUAAAAACCAUCUAAAAAAAAACAUUUUUUGCGUCGUUCCUUGUUUUUUUUCGAUUCGAGAGCAUUUUUUUAGGAAAUCGAAAUAUUGUGAAAAUUAGGAAAUUGCCGUAAAGUUGCUAUCUUAGUGGAGAGCUCACUUUAUGAGAAAGUGUUCUUGAAAUUUUCCGACUUCAGUUCAAGGUUCCUCAAAUCCGCUCUUUUUACAGAACGGAGUUGGAAAGAAGGUUCGAGGAGACGCGGUACAGACUCAAUUGCGCCUUGGACAAAAUUCAUGAUUAUGAGGUUGUCGCGACAUCCAAAAAAAUUUUUUUAAACAAAAAAAUUUUUUUCAGCUUCUCUUCGAAGCUGCCAAAAAAAGCAGAAGACAAUGGAAAAACUCAGCGAGCAAUUAGAAAAAAAGAGCUCAUCGAGGUAUGCUUCGAAAUAUAUUUUAACCUCCUUAUACACUCUCACUACUUAAUUCAGGACUUUUUACAAACUUAUGUAAAGAACGUUUGCAUCCAAGUAAGUCUCGAAAAGGGUUCUAGUAGUCUUUUUUUUUCAUUCUCUCCCGAUUUUCCUUUAUUAAUGUUUGUUUUCAUAUCUAAAUUAUUUUGUGUUACCUUGUUUUAAUGCAUACAGCUGACCAUAUUUUGUUCAAGACCCCAUUAAUAUUAGUAAAAGCAUGUCAACUGGUUUAUAAAACUGCAUCCUUCCAAAUUCAGCUGAAAGAGUUCAACGCGCACCUGGAGCGACAGUUCCAGUCUCAGACCGAUAUCAUUGAAGUCUUGAAAAAUAAAAUUGUACAGGUAAAGGUUCUAGAGGAGAAAGAAGAUAACGAUGUGUUUCCAGCACAAGUCAUUCUCGGACUUGGUGAAUAAACUUGCCGAGAUGGGAGAUCCAGAAAGGAUCCAUGAAGAACUUGUGGAUUACUCCCGAGAUCAUGACAAAGAAGAAUACAAACUUGCCUCCAACAUUGCCUAUAUCAUUAAGGUUUUCUGGAAUGGGAGAAUAUUAAAAUGAAGAAGUUUCAGGAAGCGCGCAAAGGAAGUUAUUACGCCCCGCUUGAAAUUUCAACCGCCCAUCACAAAGUGAUUUUUUUUUUGAACUUUUCCUUGAGCCAUAAAGGGUAUGAAAACAGGAGAGACCUUUUUUUCAGCUUCAGCUUUUCCUAGUUUUUGUUCCUUUGAUUAUGUGCUAUGUCUUUUGAUGGACUUGAGAUUUAAAUCAAAUUGUACGCUUCACACGGAAUCCCUUCUUAUUCGUCGUUCAAGAGACCAACUAAUGAAAUUUCCAGAUCCGGCCCUACAACUCAGUUGAUUCUUCGGGAGAAUGGCUGUCGAACAGCAGCGAAGGCAUCGUCUCACCAGAUGAACACGAGGGCGAAGAAUGGAACUCCAAAACAAAGGCGUCAGCUCGUGAGUUUACUGUUUCAAAAAUUUGAUUCUUUUUUUGAAAUAAUUCUAGAAUACCUUUAUAGAGCUUUAUUCCAUGAUUCAGCAAAGGAUUUUUUUGAAAAACUGUACAAACUUGUAAAGUGAACUUUAUACUGAGCUCAUUUCAGUCACCAUAGAUAAAAAAAUAAUCUCGUUAUUAUGGCUUCAAAAAUUUUUCUGAGAUGAAGGUAUAUAAACUAUUGAUCCGAGUUAUUAUAAAUAGAGUGAAAGUUUCGAAAAUCUUUUCCAUUCAACCGUUCAUUUUUUCAGAAGAACCUUGCAAUAACCUGAGUGCUUCAACCCACAGUACCUGA